GUAUAUGUUGGGUAACCUAAUAAUAACCCAUAGGUGGGUAGCUAGGUAUUCUUUGUCUCAGAAUAAAUGGUGCGCGUUCAAUACGUCUUUUAUUUAUCAGUGGCGAACGAGGUAAAAAUAAUUAAAAAAAGACAGUGUCAUAGUGAAACAGCAAGUUUAAAACAAUGUCAGUGGGAAAGUUACGUGAAUUUGAUAUGAAAAGUGGCAAUUGGACUGCAUAUUGCGAGCGAGUGGAGAUGUACUUCGUGGCGAACAAGGUGGACGAUACCGUUAAGCUGGCCACGUUGAUUGCGGGCAUGGGAGAUGAGGCCUACGAGUUAUUAUCAACCUUGGCGAGUCCGAAGAAGCCCUCAGAAUUAACUUACGUGGACGCCGUCGACUUACUUAAAAAACAUCUGCAACCUAAACCUUCUAUUUUGGCCGAACGAUAUAAAUUCCGGCAGCGACGGCAAAUGGAGGGCGAACUAGUAGCGGAUUACGUGGCAGAACUUAAAAAGUUAUCUUUACAUUGUGACUUUAAAACGACUUUAGAAGACAAUUUACGUGACCAGCUAGUGUGCGGCAUAAGAAGUGAAAAUACGCGGCAACGACUUUUCGCGGAGGACGAUAAAAUAACCUACGGCAAGGCGGUGAAACUAGCGUGCACUUUGGAGGCGGCCGAACGGGAUGCCAGCGCAGUAGACCAAAACCCGAGCACCCACAUCGAUGUGAACAAAAUAAAUAUAAUGUUUAAAUGCAUGGCUUGUGGUGAUACUCAACAUAAAACGGAAAACUGUAAGUUCCGAAAUUAUGAUUGUAGUUUUUGUAAAAGGGUCGGUCACUUGCGGAGGAUGUGUCCAGAAAAUCAUGUAACGGGUCAAGAGCCGAAUCUGAGACGACGAAAUGAAAUGGGGGAGGAUCCCAUGCGCGCGUCACGCGGGGCGAGCGUGAGCGGCGACAGACGGCGCGGGCGCGGCGGCCGCGGACGAGGCGGCGCGCGCGGGCGCAGGGCUACUGGUGCCUACUGGAUGCAGGAGCCAGUCGACGAGAUGACCAUUUCGGAGUAGUCGGGAGUGACUGUUGUUGAUGGUGAUGAUGAUGGCGGUUACGAUGAUGAAGAACCUAUGUACCAGAUGUCCUUGGCAAACUAUAAACCGGUGUGUAUGUCACUUUUAGUACAGAAUAGGCCCUUUCAGAUGGAGGUUGAUACGGGAUCAGCUCUGUCUUGUAUUAAUGGAGAUACCUAUAGGCGAUGUUUUAAUGAUUUACCUAUAAAACCUUGUCGCAUAAACGUUAGGUUUUAUGACAAGUCUGUAGUAAUACUUCUGGGAUAUUUAGAGGUGAAAGUAAGUCACAAUAAUAUUACAAAAGUAUUUGAUCUGUAUGUUUUAAAAGGCGCGGAUAACACUAAUUUACUCGGUCGACAGUGGCUAUUCGAGCUAGAUAUUACAAUUCCCAAAGUAAAUUCAACACCUGUAUUACAUAAUAAAGAAACGGACAAAAGUGUAAUGAUAAACGACCUUAUUUCCAGGCAUGAAUCACUGUUCGAUGGCACGCUGGGCCGGUAUAACGGCCCGCCGGUGCGGCUAAGCGUGCGCGAGGGCGCUGAGCCGAUUUUCUGUCGCGCGCGACCUUUGCCCUAUGCAAUGCGAGCGCGCGUAGAUGCUGAGCUGGAUGCCAUGCUGCGCGCCGGCGUUAUCGAGCCCGUAGACCGCUCCGACUGGGCCACUCCUCUGGUAAUAGCGAGCAAAGCGGAUGGCGGUAUACGUAUAUGUGCGGACUACAAGGUAACUCUUAACCGAGUUUUACAGGUCGACAGAUAUCCGGUUCCAAAAUUAGAUGAUUUGUUUAGUGGGUUGAGUAAUAAUAAAUAUUUCACUAAACUAGAUUUAUCUCAGGCGUACAACCAAUUGGUUUUAGAUGAAGAUUCCCGGGCUUACACGGUUAUUAACACCCAUCGCGGACUUUUCAAAUAUAAUCGCUUAGUUUUUGGUUUAGCGUCAAGUCCGGGUAUUUUCCAAAAGUUUAUGGUUAAUUUAUUAAGGGACAUUCCGGACGUAGUGGUAUUUUUUGAUGAUAUUUUGAUAAAGAGUAGGGAUUUGGAUAGUCAUGUCAAAGCUAUUGAACAGGUUUUUACGGUAUUACAAGCUAGUGGGUUAAAAUUGAAAAAGAAAAAGUGUGAUUUCUUAUCAAGGCAGGUAGAAUAUUUAGGGUUCAUUGUUGAUGAAAACGGCGUGAGAGUUAACCCUGAUAAAAUUAAACCAAUAGUAAAUAUGCCGCAUCCGACGAAUACCACAGAACUAAAAUCAUUUUUAGGAAUGGUCAACUUUUAUGGCAAAUUCGUAAAGAAUUUGUCAGGGUACCUUGGUCCUUUGUAUGAGUUACUCAAAAAGGGUAGGCAUUUUAUAUGGGGUAAAAUACAGAACGAUGCUUUCGAGUACGUCAAAAAGUUACUGUGUAGCACGGAAGUGCUAGCGCACUACGACAUGACACGCACCACGGUGGUGACUUGUGACGCAUCCGCGCGUGGCCUUGGGGCCAUACUGGCUCAACGUUUGCCCGGUGGGGGGGAGCACGUCGUCGCGUACGCAUCGCGCGCACUCACCGCGCAUGAAAAACAUUAUAGCCAGAUUCAUAAAGAAGCACUUUCCAUUAUUUACGCAGUGGAUAAAUUUCAUCAGUACUUAUACGGAAGGAAAUUUAUUUUGCGUACUGACCACAAGCCUCUGGUGAGCAUUUUCGGGCCUAACACCGGCGUACCCGUGACGGCAGCGAGUAGGUUACAAAGGUGGGCAAUUAAAUUAUCAGCGUACGAUUUUGUCAUUGAGUAUGUACGUACGGAUAAAAAUACGGCCGAUGUUCUAUCGCGAUUAAUUAAAACGCAUAGGGAGGAAGCGGUUGCCGGGGAGGAGGAACUGCCCGAGCAGACUUAUUUGCAUUUUGCAACGGAUUCGUUGCUUUUAGAUUAUAAGGUCUUAAAACGAGAAACUAGUAAAGAUCCCAUUUUAAGUCGUGUUUUGGCUUAUUUGUCUGACGGCUGGCCGUCGGACAUAGAAAUUAAUGAACUCAAACCGUAUUUUAAUAGGCGGGAUGAAUUAUAUUGCGAGCUUGGAUGUAUUCUAUGGGGUCGUCGCGUCGUAAUCCCAUCGUCCUGCAGGGAACGGGUUAUACGCGAAUUGCACGAGGCGCACAUGGGGAUAGUAAAAACAAAGGCAUUAGCUAGGAGUUAUGUGUGGUGGCCGGGCGUAGACGAGGCUGUCGAAGCGCGGUGUCGUGCGUGCGCGGUGUGCGCCAGCGUAGCCGACGCACCGGCCGGACACGUGCCGUGCGCGUGGCCUUGGCCGGACCGUCCUUGGGCAAGACUUCAUAUCGACUUCAUGUCGAUUGCGGGUCUGACUUAUAUGAUCACCGUAGACGCUUGCUCGAAAUGGAUAGAAGCCACAAAAAUGAAAACCACCACCGCGCAUUCGGUAGUGGCGGUAUUACGUGAUAUGUGGGCACGAUUUGGGCUUCCAAAGCAGUUAGUUAGUGAUAACGGGCCGCCAUAUACUAGUUCUGAAUUCGAAGCAUUUCUGAAGCGAAAUGGUAUCGAGCACGUCUU